AUGGACAGACGGCUCCUGGAAGCAGCCACAUCUGGUGAUUCCAAAUCAAUGAAAGACAUGGCUUCGCAGGAUGCAAGCAUUCUACUUAGAACAACUCCACAAGGGAGCACCUGCCUUCACAUAUCUUCCACUCAUGGUCAUGAGGGAUUCUGCCAGGAUGUGUUGGUGCUAAACCAGACUCUCCUCACCAAGGUGAACUCUGACAGGGAGACACCACUUAUAGCGGCGGUGAUGGGUGGACAUGCCUCAUUGGCUUCUGUGUUGCUCGGGCGUUGUUGUAUGCUAGGAUUGAGUGAGGUAAUUUUGCAAACAGACAACGAUAGAUGUAAUGCACUGCAUCAUGCCAUCAAUUACAACCACAAGGACCUUGCGAUGGAGUUGAUAAUAGCAAAGCCUUCUCUGUCACAUGGUGUGAACAAAUACGGCGAGUCACCCAUGUUCAUGGCGGCAAUGAGGGACUUUACUGAUAUUGUUGAAAAGCUUUUGGAUACUCAUGAUUCGGCUCAUGAAGGAACGUAUGGUCACAAUGCCUUGCAUGCUGCUGCCAGAAAUGGAAAUGCAGUUAUUGCUAAAACAAUUAUGGCGACACGGCCUUUGCUGGCCACAGAAAAAAGCAAUGAUUCGAAGACUCCAGUGCAUAUCGCUGUGAUAAUGGACAAGAUUGAAGUGCUACGAAUAUUUUUGGAACAUGAUUGGUCCUUAGGACAUGUGACACACAAAGAGGAGUAUGUGAGUUCUCUCCUUUUUACUGCCGCGUGCCGGGGUAAUGUUGGUAUUGCUCGAGAGCUUCUCAAGCACUGUCCCGAUGCUCCCUAUCGCCUGGAAUCUGGUAAGACAUGUCUGCAUGUGGCUGUAGAGGGAGGUCACACGGAGUUUGUUCAAUUUCUUUUGAAGGAACCACAACUUCAGAAAUUGGUGAACAUGCGAGACGGAAAUGGUAAAACUGCUCUGCAUCACGCAGUCAAUAGGUGCAAUCCAAAAAUUGUUGCGGCUUUACUCUCUCGCAAAGAGACAAACUUCACAAUAUAUGACAACCAUGGGGAGUCAGUAAUUUGGCAACUACGGAAUGCCACAGAUCAUGCCAAGACCUUAAACUGGGGUUUGGGAAGAUGGUCACCGUGGCCUCCGCCUACGCCAUAUCUUCCCUAUGUCUGGAUGCGCCGCUCAUCGGAGUGGCCUCGGAGGGACAUGCUUCAGCCCGAGGGGAAGAGUGGCCUCCUCCACCUCCUAGAGCAAGGGCGGGGGAUGGUGGUGGUGUGUGAACAGGGCAAGACACCGACUGUGUACGCCGGUGAUGUGGUUGUUGUGGCCCUCGUGAGAUCCAAGCGUCGGCGGCCUCCCAUGGUCUACUUUUCCUCAGUGUUGGGGGUGGCCGUAGAUAUGUUGGUCGUCUUCGCCGGCAGGGUGCGGUUCCGCCAACAUUCACCACGGGUCAUGCGGUCGCGGGCAUGGGAGGACCGGGAUGACACGGCAGCCAGAGUGCCCAUGCCGCCGUCCUCCCCCGUGAGAAGCAUGGGGCAACAUGCCACUCCUCUAAUGAAGUGGCAAUGCUUAUAUCCAAUGUGCUCCUCGCUUGCUGUUGCUUUCGUGUGCAUCAUUGCAAAGUGGGAGGAUACGGAGUUCCUGAUUUAUUAUCAAUCAUUUACUAAAAAGCUUAUGUGGUUUGCAUACAUAGCAACAACCACAGCAUUUGCAACUGGAUUAUACACGGUGCUAGCCCCUCGUCUCCAUUGGUUAGCUAUUGGAAUUUGCUCACUACCGGUUUUACUCCCAGUUCUUACUAAAGUGCUCGGUGAAUGGCCUGUCUUGAAGCUCAGAUUUCGGUUGGGCAAAAGUUUCAAGUCUGAUCUGCUUGACAUGGUCUGA